GAGCAAAACAAAAAGCACAGAAAAGAACCCCUUUGGCUACUCUGCGAGAGAACACUCUUCUAAAAUCGCCAUCUUUCCUCUCUAGCUCUCCGAAAUGUCAGAACAAUAUUCCGAAGAUGCCAAGCAUAUCGAGAAGCUUUAUGAGUACGACGCGCGCCUGAGCGCGUCUACGGACAAGUCUCAGAAUGUUCAAGAUUAUGAAGGGAUUAUCGAGUUAUCCAAGACGAGUAUCAAAACCAAACAGCUUGGAGCGCAGCUUAUUCCACGCUACUUCAAGUUCUUUACGGGUCUCUCAACGAAAGCUUUCGAUGCGUACUUGGAUAUUGUCGAAGAAGUGGAUAUCGGGGUACGUGUUCAAGCCAUCCGAGGGCUUCCGCUGUUCAGCAAGGACACACCUGAGUUUAUAUCUAAGUUAAUUGAUGUUCUUGUACAAUGUCUAAAUACCGAGGAAUCGGUGGAGCGUGAUGCUGUGCACAAGGCUUUUACGUCAUUAUUUCGGCAGGAUACAAAGGAAUCUUUGACUGCGUUGUUUAAGCAUACUGGGGCCACUCUUACUACUGACGAUCAAAUCCGCGAAAAGGUCUUAAACUUUAUCAGAGAUAAGGUGUUCCCUCUUAAAGGAGAAUUGUUAAAGCCUCAAGAGAAAAUGGAAAGACAUAUAACCGAUUUAAUCAAAAAGAGCCUAGGAGACGUAUCUGGAGAAGAAUUCAACAUGUUCAUGGAAUUCUUGACAAGUUUGAGUAUUUUUGGAGGGAAAGCGCCUCAAGAAAGAAUGCAAGAACUUGUAGAAAUUGUUGAAGGACAGGCUGAUUUGGAUUCACAGUUUAAUGUUGCAGAUUCAGAUCAUAUUGACAGGUUUAUAUCAUGCCUGCAAACGGCUCUUCCAUUCUUUGCGAGAGGUGCUCAAGGUACCAAGUUUCUUAACUACCUGAACAAGCAUAUCAUACCCGCUUUUGACAAGCUGCCAGAGCAGAGGAAGCUUGAUUUGCUCAGAGCUCUUGCUGAAAUUUCGCCAUACACAACAGCACAGGUAUCACGUCAGAUGCUUCCCGACAUAGUUCAACUCUUAAAGAAAUACAUGCCUGCCAGGAAAAUUGGGGAAGAAAUGAAUUUCACAUAUGUGGAGUGCCUGUUAUAUGUUCUUCAUCACUUGGCGCAUAAGGCUCCGAAUGCAACAAAUAGCCUUUGCGGGUACAAGAUAGUGACUGGGCAACCAUCAGAUAGACUCGGGGAGGACUUCUCAGAGUCUUACCAAGAAUUCACUGAGAGAUUGACCAGUGUUGAAGAUCUAACCAAGGCAACAAUGAAGAAAUUAACUCAAGGAAUGGCUGAGCACAACAAAGCCAUGUCGGCUGCCAAGACAGAUGAAGAGAAGUCAAGCUUGAAAACGAAGAAGCAGAAUACAACAACUGGACUCAGGACCUGCAAUAACAUAUUGGCAAUGACAAAGGGUUUGCAUGCAAAAGCGCCUUCCUUUAUCGGGGACAAGAGUGUUAACCUUUCUUGGAAAGAAGCCGCAAAGCCGUUACCCUCUACAGCAACUGGAGUAAAACGGCCUGCAAAUGGAUCCGGCAAUAACGUGGGCGCAAAGAAGGGACGUGUGCAGAAUCAUCAGCCUAUGAACAAAGCUUUUGAGGGAAUCUCAUACGGUGGUGGUAGAGGCAGUCACAGAGGCCAAGGCCGAGGACAAGGAAGACGUGGUGGCCGUGACCGUGGCCGUGGAAGAGGCUACUGGUAAAUUUCUUUCGUAGGAUUCUCUAUGACACUAGUAGAACACAGUAUGUUUUGUCCUUUUGGGGGAUUUUUUAGGCUCCGUACAUUCGACUAACAAAUUAAUCCCUUUCCAAGAACACAG